AGUGAAUCAGAGCCCAUGAGAGGCCUGAAGAGCUCACGUAAAAAUACCGCUCCGACGUCAGUUUCGGAUACAGUAUGCUAUUGCGAUGGCGAACGCGAAAUCGGUACCAUGGAACUUUUCUGUUCCGGUUGUAAUAAGUGGUUCCAUGGACGAUGUCUCAAGGACCUCAAAGAUUUCUACGGUCUGAGUUUUAUGGUUUGUUACGUUUUUCAUUGCAAAGAUUGUAGUCCUACUGGAAUGGAAACAUGGGUGGCCAAGCAAGCAAACUUCAGUCAUAUGUGUGUAACUGUACUGGCUAACCUUACCGCUGAAAGGAUGAAGCGAGAAGGCAUACAGAAAACAGAUGAGCACAUAUAUUUCAACCUACAUGACACAAUAAUUCCAUAUUUUGACGCCAAUUGGGAAAACCUAACAUCCAUGCCUCGAAGAGUGAAGAACACGUGGCACACAACUUUGCAAAAAACCUUGAUUAAGGAUACCGAGCUGUUCAAGGUCAAUCCAGAAAACGAAAAUAGUUUUGCUCUUAUGGAAACAAAUUUAGCGGAUAUUGGACCAAUAAAUGAAUUUGUGAAGCAGAUUGGUAAGAAGAAUAAUAGUGGUGAGAAGAACAAUUUGGCAUCGACACUUGUUGGUGCCCAGCAAGGUAUGGGAAGAUCAUCUGGGGCCGAUUCCGAUGUUGAUGGUGGCCCAAAAACCCGUGGUGCUUCGAAACGGCGUAAUGUAGACAACAUGGGGACUGGGAAGAAGCCGAAGCUAGCUACCGAUUACUCUUCCUCGAAGAUUGCUGCUUCCGAUGGAUCAGGCCCUAUAGAUUUUCCGUUCAAUAAAGAGGGCUAUCGAUACUUUCUAGUUGAGAGGGAUCCAAACGUUGUAGAUAAAGGGAACUCCGAAGAAGAUGACGGUUUGACACCUAGAAUUAUCCCGCCACACUUGUAUCGCUUGCAUCUACAAAGAUCCGUUACCAUCUCGCCAAAUGAUCGGGCUCAUGAGCUGCGUGUGUCUGAUGAUCAAUUGACUGUAACCGGUUUCGAAGGUUAUCGUGUAGCUCGAGCCACACAUUCAGUGUCUAAGGGCACUUGGUAUUUUGAAGUGAACUUUCUGAAGCAACCUGAGGAUUCUCACAUACGGAUCGGGUGGAGUCAGCCAUUGGCAGUGGUUCAGUCUUGUAUUGGCUAUAACAAGUUAUCGUAUAGCUGGCGUUCAUUGAAAGGAACCAAGUUUCAUGAUGCUAUCGGGAAGAAGUACCAUUUUGGGGGUUACAAGGAAGGUGAUGUUCUUGGCUGUCUUAUCCAUCUACCACAUGAUCCUCGUAAACCUGGACCAUCAACUCAGUGGUUACCCUCUUCGAAAAAGGACCUACCUCUCAUUAAUUUCAAACACAAUUACUUUUACGAGGGCCACGAUGAAGUUGCGGAUGUUGUGAAGAAUUUGACACCUUUGAAUGAGAGUUAUAUUGAGUUCUUCAAAAACGGCAAAUCUUGCGGCGUGGCAUUCACUGACAUCUACAGAGGCUUUUAUCAUCCAGCUGUUUCACUUUUCAAAAAUGCUACGGUACGGUGUAACUUUGGUCCGAGGCUACAGUAUCUUCCAUCAGGUGCCAAACCUAUGAGUGCAAGAGCUGAUGAGCUAUAUGUGGAGCAGACACUUAGCGACAUCUUAUUUCUUGUCUCUAGCGGACAACAUGCUGUACGUGGUCUGAAACAGAAAAUGAUGAAAGUAAUACCAGUGGGAGCGCUCGAAGACAAUUAUAUGUACCUUGUGUACAGUGAAAAAGAUCGGAAAGGUUUUGCAGUGGAUCCAGUUGAACCAAAGAAGCUCCAGGCAGUUGCUGAAGAGCAGAAGGUAACAGUCGCAGCAGCGUUAGUUACACACCAUCACUGGGAUCAUGCCGGGGGUAUGGGCGAAUUUCGAAAAAUUUGGCCAAUGGACAAGGUCGAGGCUUACGGCGGUGACGAUCGCAUAGAGCAUCUAACACACAAAGUCGAACAUGAGGAAAAGUUCAAGAUCGGCGAAAUGGAGAUAACUGCAUACAAAACGCCAUGUCAUACGAGUGGCCAUGUCUGUUUCUAUGUGUCUCAUCCAGGAGAUGACAAUCGCAUGCUCUUUACUGGCGACACGCUUUUUAUUGCUGGAUGUGGGAAGUUUUUCGAAGGCACUGGCGCUGAGAUGCAUCACAACUUGAAUGAAGUCCUUGGAAAACUCCCAGACGAGACUUUUGUGUAUCCGGGGCAUGAAUACACACUCAGCAACCUAAAAUUUGCCCAGCACAUUGAACCGGGCAAUGACCAAGUGAAAGCUAAAAUUGAAUGGGCAGCAAAAGUCCGCUCACGUCAUGAGCCAACUGUACCAUCGACCAUUGGUGAAGAGAAGGAAACGAAUCCAUUUAUGAGAACUUGGUCACCUGAGAUACAGAAGAAAGUAGGGGCUUCUGACCUGGUGAAAGUGAUGGAUCUUGUGCGGCAGGCAAAGAACAAUUUCCGAGGCUGAUUUCGCUUUCCAAGCUAACAAGG